AGAAUUUCCAAUUCCAUUUCAAUUCCCAGUUCCAUCGUCUUUCAUAAUUACAUCUUAACCCUAAUCAUGGCAACCGAAGAGCCCAUUGUCCCCGUAGAAUCUGCACCCGAACCAACCAAAGUCGAACCUCCACGCGAGAAGGACGACGAACCCAAACCUGAAGCCAAGGGCAAGAAAGCCAAAGACACCAAACCUAAGCGAUCUUCCAAACCACGCAAUCCUCCUUCUCAUCCUUCAUAUGAAGAGAUGAUUAGGGAUGCAAUUGUGACGCUGAAGGAGAAAACAGGUUCAAGCCAAUACGCGAUUGCCAAGUUCAAUGAAGAGAAGCACAAGCAGCUUCCACCCAACUUUAGGAAGCUCUUGCUUAACCAUUUGAAGAAGCUUGUUGCUUCUGGAAAGCUCGUCAAAGUCAAAGGCUCCUUCAAACUUCCACCGACCAAACCCUCUCCAUCUUCCCCGGUGAAGAAGAAGCCUGCCCCUGUCAAGCCCAAGCCUAAGCCUAAGCCCAAGCCUGCUUCCAAGGCUAAGGAUACUAAAACAACUAAAUCAACCACCAAGGCACCGGUGAAGCCCAAGCUGGCCGCAAAGCCCAAGCCCAAGGUUGCGGCCAAGCCGAAGGCUGCUGCGAAGCCCAAGGCCGCUCCUGCUAAGCCCAAGCCUGUUGCUGCGAAGCCCAAAGCUGCCAAGGGAGCUGCGAAGCCCAAGGCAAAGGAGAGACCAGCGAAGGUUGCAAAGACGUCGGCGAAGGCUUCGCCGGGGAAGAAAGCCCCUGCUUCUAAGGCAGCGCCGAAGAAAGUGGCUUCGACGAAGAAAACUGCGGUGAAGAGUGUGAAGCCGAAGAGUGUAAAGUCUCCGGCGAAGAAGGCUUCGACGAAGAGAGGAGGGAGGAAGUGAAAAUUUGAGGAUAGGGUUUCUUUAGGGUCAGUUUUGUAAAGUUCUUUACCUUUUUGGUGUGGUUGGAUCUCCAUAUGUUUCGAUUACAUGUGAAAUCUGAUUUUGCCGAACUUUUUGUUUAUUUUAGUUUUUUCAAUCUUUUUGUUUCGGUAGGGGAAUUGGAUUAAAAAAGAACGUUCUUGAUCGUGUUUUUCAGUUAAAUGUGUUAAUAAAAAAUGUAACUGAUUUAGUAUAAUCUUGGUCCCAAUUUAGUAUAUACACCACCCUUUACAAUCGAAUGAAUUUGCCGUUGCUUU